UUCUUCCGCCAAUUAUUACUUCUUUUCUUUGUGCACUCGUCCUCAAUUUCCUUGUUUCGCUUUCUGGCCUCGAUUUUUCAAACUGUGGUUGCUUCCACCACAGCUGGUAGUGUUGCAAUUCUGAUUUCGAUGCUAUUUGGCGGUUUCAUCAUCCCAAAAUCCUCUAUGCCUGCUUGGUUGAAGUGGGGUUUCUGGGUCUCUCCACUAACAUAUGGAGAAAUUGGACUUGCUGUUAAUGAAUUUGAUGCUCCCCGAUGGCAAAAGAUAUUGUCAUCAGACACCACAGUAGGGAGUGCAACCCUCGAAAGCUGAGCACUAAACUUUGAUGGGCAUCUCUUUUGGAUAUCAAUUGGUGCCCUAUUGGGGUUUACCUUACUGUUCAACAUCGGUUUCACUUUGGCCUUAAGUUUCUUGAAGCCUCCGGGAUCGUCAUGUGCUAUCAUUUCACGUGAGAAGUACAUGCAUAUGUGUGAAACUGAAGUUUCUCGUGACACCAUAAAGCAUGAAGAGCCAAAGAGAGUUUCUGCUGAACCUAUGCAAACAAAAAAGGGCAGGAUGGUUUUACCUUUCACACCCUUGACGCUUGUGUUUACCAAUGUGCAAUACUACAUAGACACCCCUGUGGAAAUGAGAGAAAAAGGAUUUGCACAGAAAAGACUGCAACUUCUCUCUGAUAUCACAGGUGCAUUCAGUCCUGGUAUUCUUACUGCAUUGAUGGGUGUGAGCGGAGCUGGGAAAACUACUCUUAUGGAUGUCCUUUGUGGGAGAAAAACUACCGGCUAUGUUGAAGGAGAAAUAAAAGUUGGUGGUUAUCCCAAGGUUCAAGAAACAUUUGCAAGAAUCUCUGGUUAUUGUGAGCAAACGGACAUACACACCCCACAAAUCACUGUGGAAGAGUCUGUUAUUUUUUCCGCUGGGCUUCGGUUAGAUCCUCAGAUUGACUCAAAACGUAAAACAGAAUUUAUCAAUGAAGUCCUGGAGACGAUUGAGCUUGAUGGGAUAAAAGAUUCUUUAGUGGGCACACCUGGUGUUAGUGGUCUAUCCACAGAGCAACGAAAACGACUCACAAUCGCUGUAGAGCUUGUCGCAAAUCCUUCCAUAAUCUUUAUGGAUGAGCCUACAACAGGACUUGAUGCUAGAGCUGCGGCAAUUGUCAUGCGAGCAGUGAAGAAUGUAGUUGAUACAGGAAGAACAAUAGUUUGCACCAUCCACCAACCCAGCAUUGACAUAUUUGAGGCUUUUGAUGAGUUAAUUUUAUUAAAAACUGGUGGACGGCUGAUUUACUCAGGGCCCUUGGGACAGAACUCAAGCAAAAUUAUCGAAUACUUUGAGAGUAUCCCGGGGGUGCCAAAGAUUAAGAGCAACUACAAUCCUGCUACGUGGAUGCUAGAAGUGACUUCUACCUCAGCUGAAGAUGAACUUGGCAUUGAUUUUGCUCUAACGUACAGAGAGUCGACAAUAUAUAAGACCAACAGAGAGCUUGUAAAGCAGUUGAGCACUCCAAGUCCUGGUACUAGUGACUUGCACUUCUCCUCCCGAUUCUCACAGAACAGGUGGGGACAAUUCAAGUGUUGUCUCUGGAAGCAGUACUUGUCGUAUUGGAGAAGUCCUCCUUACAACUUGAUGCGUAUCCUCCACACAAUUGCUGCGUCUUUUCUCUUCGGGGUAAUGUUCUGGAAUCAAGGGAAGAAUCUAAACAACCAGCAGAACUUAUUCAAUGUAUUUGGUUCGAUGUGUAUAGCCGUGGUCUUCUUGGGCAUAAACAACUGCUCAUCAGUGCUACAGUAUGUUGCUACGGAACGGACUGUCAUGUAUCGCGAGAGACUUGCAGGGAUGUACUCUUCAUGGGCUUUUUCAUUAGCACAGGUUGUUGUUGAGAUACCAUAUAUACUAGCUCAAGCGAUUUUGUUUGUGAUCAUCACCUAUCCGACGAUUGGUUAUUUUGGAUCAGCAGACAAGAUUUUCUGGUACUUCUAUGUCAUGUUCUGCUCAUUGCUGUCUUUCAAUUACCUCGGAAUGCUGCUCGUGUCCUUGACACCAAAUUUCAUGGUGGCCGCAAUUCUACAAUCUGCCUUCUAUGCAAAUUUCAAUCUUUUUGCUGGGUUUUUUAUCCCAAAACCGAAAAUUCCAAAAUGGUGGAUCUGGUUGUACUAUGUGUGUCCCACAUCAUGGGCAGUCAACGGUAUGCUAACUUCGCAGUAUGGAGAUAUUGAUAAGGAAAUAGAGGCAUUUGGAGAAACCAAAACUGUGGCGGCCUUCUUGAAGGAUUAUUUCGGAUUUCGGCAUGAUCAAUUGUAUGUAGUGGCCAUCGUCCUUGCCGCCUUUCCUCUUGCUCUGGCUACUCUUUUCGCAUUCUGUAUAAAGCACUUGAACUUCCAGAGAAGGUGACUUCAAAAUUCUCUGUUAGUAUCGCAGUGUAAAAUUUAGUUGUACAAUCCUCAAAACUAGCCAAAUAAAGUGAAUAAGUUUUUGUGACAAUGAAAUGGCCGCGUUCAAAAGGUCAGCAUUCUGGAUUUGGAAGUGUACUUGUUUCAGUAUGGCCAAUAUCCAAAAGCUUAGAGGAGGAUUCAUUGUUAGACAGUAUGGAGGACAAUCUCAUUUGAAAUUUCUCCAAGUUCCUGGAA